AUGGUGGCCGCUGCCAGACACGCCGAAGUUCCCCCGCUUUCCAAGGGGAAGAAGGACCCCGGCUACUGGUCCUGUCUCCCGUACGACCUCGUCCGCCGCAUUGCCGAGUCCUUCCUCGCCACCAACGGCGUCGAUUGGUACAUGGACUUACGCGCCGUGUGCCACGACUGGCGCUCCGCCACCGAUGACCCCAGGAACAACACCUCGGAUUGCCGGUUUCGCCCGCGCGGGUGGAUCAUCCUUGAUGAGGCCUUCGAGAGCGACACGCGCCGCCUGUUGCUCAACACCGCCACCGGGCAAUUAAUCCACAAGGAGCUCCUGCCGCUCAGCGACUACUAUGUGGUCGCGGCCACUCUUGAGGGCUUCUUUAUCCUGGCGGACAAGAGCCCUCCUCACGCCGCACGCAUCUUCAGCCCUCUCACCGGCGCCAUGAUCCAUUUCAAGGUGCCCAUGCCGCCCGAGGGGGAGGUCACCGCUGCAGUCUGCUUUAUCAUGGAUUUGCCCAUUCUUAAUUUAUUUUGUGGCUCGUCUCACAAGCAUUACAUGGCAUAUACUGAAAGUGAAUGUUUCAUCGCCCACAAGGCCACAACUAUGAGGACGCAAUUUAUAGUUUCUUGCAGAGGGUGA